AUGUGCCCGCCACGUCCGGAGGACUUGCUGGUGAAGCAGCCUUCGCCCACCUGCAUUGGUCCUGCUCACUUCACGACUGGUCUUAGAACCUUGAACCCUUGCGCUGCGGACUUUGUAUCGCCAUCCCGCAGCAAGGAGCAGCCAGUGUCAGGAAGCGAUGAUGGCAAGAACACUACGGGAGAAUGCACUUCGGUUCCUGGUGGACUCGAUGGCUGCUUGGAAAGUGAAUUGAGCCCAGGGUCUGGUUCGUCUCCGACUAUUCUCACACCUGCCUUUGACUCCGCGUCUGAGGGCGACGACAAUACUGGUCAGGGCUCAGCUGGGAACAAGCGUGCCUCAUCACCUGCACUGAAGUCUUCUGACGAGGGUUCGCUGGCAGUUCAGCCGGCAGGCAGCUCUGAGAAAGUCAAGACCACGGUGGUAACGACGAAGAAAGCGUCAAUAAAGAAGGCAGAUACAGCCAGUUUGGUGCCCAACACUGCUUACAGCCAUGAAGCUGUCGACACUCCCGCAACUGUUUCGGCAGACACAACGCCGGCGAACUGUACUCAACUGGGUUCUCAGCCGACCAAGAAAUCCAGGAAGAAGAAGUCCAGAAAGAAGACAGAGCCAGAGGCACAUUCUGCCGAAGAGCAGACAGGGGAGGAAUCCAAGCACGCUGCCAACAUGCUGCCGCGGCGCUCUCACGACCAAGACGACAAGCAAAAGCACAUUGUCGGCCAACCUGAAGCAGAAAGUGAUCGCCCAGGCAGCAGAGCCUCGACCGGGAAGCACAGUCAUCCCAACACUCCAAACAUGUCUCAUGCCUCGCACAAGCUGCAUUCACCGCAAACUACCAGUGCACCCGGUCGGGCUAAGAACAAUUCCUCACAAGCUAGUGACGAUGAGAUUCCGAGCUGGAGGAAGAACUUGCAGCACCGUAAGAAGGCAGCUCAGGAGCACCACGAACGCCGACGACAGAUGAUAUCCACAACUUCCGGCAAUCCGAUCGGCAGUAAGGAGGAUAGCAAAAGCCAAAAGAGCAUUGAUGCCGUAUCUCAAGGCAACCGGACUGGUAAAGAGACUGGUAAAGCUCACUCUAGACCGCCACCCCGUGCUGUCGCAGUCGCAGGGCCCGCGCUGAACAACAAGAAGUCUUCGCGGUCUCUGAUAGCAGGCCCAUCGGGCAAGGCCUAUCCCGUGGACACAAUCCGCAAGUCACCCACAAAGGCCAAGGGUGACAAACCCGUCGACAGAAUCUCUUUCAAGCCUGAGGACUGGCCGGAGCUCCCGGCGACUCCCAAGAAACUGCAGCAGCAGUCUCCGCCGAUCGAUGCUGUGGCCGGCGCGAUGCCCACGACGAACAAAGACGGCUUGAAUGACGAACGAGGCAAGGUCGAAAAGCCUGAGAGCGUGGUUCUACAGUCUGAAGCAGCAGUCACAUCUACUACCGGUAGCGACGACAUUGCGGGUGAGAAGGACAAUCAGAAGGUCUUAUAG